UUCCGGCUCGUAGCCGGCUUUCCGGGUAAGAAGAUGGCUUCAUACAUAAAGCAGUUAGCUAGCUGGGUGUUUUGGUUUUAUCAAAGCGUCUGCAUCGCCAGCGACAGCGUUUAAUGCGGUUCUUUAAUAUUGACUAGUCAUGUAGGAAAUAUUUUCGAAGCGGCGCGGUUCUCAUUUGUAUUGUUCAGUAUUUCGCGUGUCGCUGGUUAAACAGCUCUUUGCAUUCCCAGCGCGGUUUUGCUUCCGUAUUAAUGUCAGUCGUUAGAUUGCUGGUUUAAACCCCAGGUUAGCUCACGUUUAAACAUUAAUGACAAUAUUAUGUAAUAUAACUGCUAAUCGGAGCUUUCAUUACUAACGGACAAGGAACGGAGGCGAAGUGUCAUAGCGUCUUUAGGAGCAGCCUCGAGUCAGAGCUCAGAACUGCCUGUAUUGCAACUAUUUCGGGUGACAUGGAGACGUCGGAGCCAGGCCAGGCUGACGGAGAGGAGCGGCCGGCGGAGCCAAGGCCGCGGACGCGCUCCAAUCCGGAGGGGGCCGAGGAUCGCAGCAUCAGCACCACCAGCAGCAGCAGCAGCGCCCCGCAGCCUGCCGUGGGCAGCCGCAGUGAGGGCGAAGGGGAGGCCUCCAGCAGCGACAGCCCUCCCAGCUCCACCACCAACACCGCAGCCCCCGCGGCCGUCGCCCCUGCCAUCUGCACCGCUGCCUCCGCUGUGAAGGACAGGCCGAAGCCGGCACAGGCGUCCCCGGCGCCCCCCCUGCCCCCGGCCGCGGACGUGCAGCUGAGGGCGCCGCGAGUCAACUGCCCGGAGAAAGUGAUAAUAUGCCUGGAUCUGUCAGAGGAGAUGUCCUUGCAGAAGCUGGAGUCGUUCAAUGGAUCGAAGACGAAUGCUCUCAACGUGUCACAGAAGAUGAUUGAGAUGUUUGUUAGGACAAAGCACCGGAUCGACAAGCGCCAUGAGUUCGCCCUUGUUGUUGUCAACGAUGAUGCCUUGUGGCUGUCCGGCUUCACCUCGGACCCCCGAGAGCUAUGCAGCUGCCUCUAUGACCUGGAGACGAACGCCUGUGAUUCCUUCAAUCUUGAGGAUCUCCUGAAUGUUAUCCUGCAUAAGAUGGAGCUGCCGUUGAUGGAGAAUGUCCAGACCAUCCCCCCUCCCUUCGUGGUGCGGACGCUCCUUAUUUACAGCCGCCAUGCAGGACAGCUACAUUUCAAUCCCUCCGAGGCUGUCAGGAAGAUGCUGCAGUCGCCUUACUUCUUUUUUGAUGUGAUUUAUCUGCACAAUGGAGCUGAGGAGCAUGGAGAUGAAAGCAGCUGGAAGGACAUUUAUGCUUCAUUUGGGAACCUGGACUCCAAAGGCAUGUGCUACCGUUUUGAGGUGUCUCUGAGCGCCCCCGCCAUCGAGCUGCACAACUGCAUGGCCAAGCUUCUGGCCCACCCCCUGCAGAGGCCUUUUCAAAGCCACGCCUCCUACAGUCUGCUGGAGGGAGGGGACCCUCAGGAAAUGGAGGCCACUGUCUGAGCUGCAUGUCCAGCCUUUUUAGGUUUCCCUCUGCAUCAGCUAAUUGCCGUGACAACGAUUUACAUUACAUCGAAAGCAUUUAAAGAAUCCUUUGAGGUUAUCUAACCUCUAAUUCCCCGAAGACGGUCAGUGGAGAUGAUUCUCAUUUGGCCCCGAGUUGAUUUGUAAUAUGUGUUUAUAUAUCUUAGUCUCUGAAAUGUACGUUGAUUUUUCUUUUUUAAUGUCACAUUUGAACUUUUUUAUUGUUCAAGAAAUGAAUUCUACAGGUUUAAACUACCUGUAAAUGUCUUUGACAAAACAGGGAUACAAUCUUUCCCUUAUGAAUUGCACGUAGUUCUUAGUGCGCAAGAAUUCAUUAAAGUCAACCCAUCGUACAUCUUGUAUAGUAAAGAUUUGAAUGGA